AUGAAGUACUCUACUACCGCCCUCGCCAUUGCCGGUAUGGCCGCCACCGUUCGCGGCCACGGUUUCCUCACCUCUCCCAAGGCCCGUAUGCCCGGUGAUGCCUUCGAGGCUGCCUGUGGUCAACAAGUCUACUACAACCAGGCUGGUGACAAUUACGGCAACAUCCAGGGUGAACUUCAGGUUGCCAAGACUCAGACCGACUACAACGCUGAGAAGUGUCGAAUCUGGCUCUGCAAGGGUUUCAAGUAUGAAGACAAUAAGGACCUUGUCCAGACUUACACUCCCGGCCAGAAGGUCCCCAUCAAGUUUGACGUUCGCGCUCCUCACGAGGGUACUGCCAACGUCUCCAUCGUUGACACCGCGACCAACACUGUCAUCGGUACUCCCCUGAUCUCAUGGGACGUCUACGCUUCCAGCGCCUCGUCCAUCCCUACCGACCAGACCUCUUUCGACAUCACCAUUCCUGAGAACCUCGGCAGCAAGUGCUCUACCGCCGGUGCUUGUGUGCUCCAGCACUUCUGGGAUGCCAGAUCAGUUGACCAGACCUAUGAAUCUUGCAUUGACUUCACUGUCAGCGGAUCAGGCUCUGGUGCCGCACCUGCUAGCUCCAAGGCAGCCUCGUCGAGCGCAGCUCCUGUCACUUCCCAGAAGGCUGUCAGCUCUUCUUCGAGUGCUCCUGCGAAGGCCCCUAUCACAUCUACCAAGCCCGCCUCGUCUGUUGCUAAGCCUACUACCAUGGCCACUGUUGUCAAGUCCAGCAGCGCCGCUCCCGUUUCUUCCAGCUCGACUAGCGGCUCUGUCGCUGCCUACGGUCAGUGCGGUGGUAGGGCNUUCACCGGCGCCACUCAAUGUGUCUCCGGUUGGACCUGCAAGGUCAUGAACGAUUACUAUUCCCAGUGUGUCGCUGGCGACAACAAGGUAACUAGCGCCUCAUCCCCUGCUGCUUCAAGCACGUGGCUCAAUUCCGACAGUGGCAGCUUGAAAGGCGGCGACGAUCUGGCGAGUAACGUUACCCGGAUCUUACGAGCUAUCAAACCAGCCAGCUCAGAUUCGAUCCCACAAAUUGUGUAUUACCAUUAUGGCAUAGGCUUGUCCGAAGCAGUACGAGAAGGAUACAGCUAUCUUGCGACAAACUGGGAGGUUGGUGAUGAGAUCUUCUUGUUUGGCUUCAGUCGUGGAGCUUUUACCGCGCGUGCGAUAGCUGGUCUGAUUGAUAACAUCGGUAUGCUGACCAAGGCUGGUCUACCUUAUCUCGCGGAAAUCUUUAGAGAUGUCCAGCAUCGACAUGAUGCCGACUACAAACCAAAACACCCCAACAAACCCUUCAAAAACAAACCCAGUGUCAUGGACCCAAGAUAUCGGCAUGAACUUGAGAGGAGGGGUAUGACAAGACUCCGCGUCCCGAUAAAAGUUGUCGGUGUCUGGGACACUGUUGGCACACCAAGGAUUGGCUGGCUGGAGAAGCUGGGACUUCAAAGCUCGGCAAGUAAGCGCAUGUCCUUUUACGACACAAGGUUGUUGGACUGUGUCGAGUAUGCAUUCCAAGCCCUAGCUCUGGACGAACGUAGAUCUGCCUUUUCGCCGGCUUUGUGGGAGAAGAAGCCCGGCAAUACGACUGUACUUCGGCAGGUAUGGUUUCCAGGGGUCCACUCCAAUGUGGGCGGAGGGCUAGAUGACCAGGAACUCGCCAACCUCACUCUAGCCUGGAUGAUGGCGCAAGUGGCGCCGUUCCUUGACAUGGAUCUGGACUAUGCAUUGGACCAGCAAGACGACACUGAGCAAUACUACAAAGAGACAAGACAAAAACCACGUUCAUGGUCAUUCGGAAAGAUCGUCGACUCAAUGACUGGAAUAUAUGCCAUAGGCGGCGCGACAACACGAACACCAGGAAGAUACUACGUCGUGGAUCCGAAUGAUGGCCGCAAAACCGAUGUUCCACUGCAAUCAACACACGAAUAUAUGCAUUCCUCAGUACGGACUCGUGUCCGACUCAAAGGGCCUGGAGUUGACGACGAAGGCCUAUACGAACCAAAAGCUCUACGCGACUGGAAACUUUUCGUAGACUACGACGGAGAGAAAGAUAGGGGUGGUCGACCGGAUGUGUUUUGGAAGCUGCGCACAUCUGAACGGAACGUCACUACUCGCACGAUACCGGAAGCACCGUUGUUGUCGCUGGAGCGAGAGUUGCUGGAGAUGGAUCCUGAGAUGGAGGAGUUUGUCUUUAGACCUGCGCCUACUGCAAGGAACAGUGUUCGACGUGCGCGUGCAGCCAGCAGAAGUCAGAGUCGUCGACGAUAG